CAUCUCUCUAAUUCACAAAAUGGCAGACACGGACCUGUUUAUGGAAUGUGAAGAGGAAGAACUUGAACCCUGGCAGAAGAUCAGUGAUGUGAUUGAAGACUCCAUGGUGGAAGAUUACAACUCGGUGGACAAAACGGCCACAGUUUCGGUCAGCGUGCAGCCAGUGGCCGCCCCUGUGCCGCCCGCGGCCCACACGUCCAUGGGCAGCGGCCUCCCCACCACGCCCGUUAGCAGCAGCGGCACCUCCAACAGUGACAGCACGAAGAAGACGUUGGUGACUCUCUUUGCAAACAAUAGCACCGGCACGCCUCUGGUUCAGCAAGGGGGCCAGCCCCUGAUCCUCACCCAGAACCCCACCCCGGGGCUAAGCACGGUGGUGACCCAGCCUGUCCUCCGGCCUGUCCAGGUCAUGCAAAAUGCGAACCACGUGACCAACUCUCCCGUGACCAGCCAGCCCAUCUUCAUCACGACUCAGGGUUUCCCUGUGCGGAACGUCCGGCCUGUGCAAAACACCAUGAACCAGGUGGGGAUUGUCCUGAACGUGCAGCAGGGCCAGACCGUACGGCCGAUCACGCUCGUCCCAGCCCCAGGCACGCAGUUUGUGAAGCCCACCGUCGGCGUCCCUCAGGUUUUCUCCCAAAUGGCCCAGGUGAGACCUGCUCCAACCAUGCCGGUCCGGCCGGCCUCCAACACAUUCACGACGGUCAUUCCGGCCACCCUGACCAUCCGGAACACGGUCCCACAGUCCCAAGCGCAGCCGCAAAGUAAGCCCUCCGUUGGCCUCCCCUCCUCCUCCUCCUCUUCCUCCCCCCCCCAUCUCGCCCUGGGCCCACCUGUAAUCCCCUCCCCUCCUUCGACUCCUCCCUCCUCUGCUUCCAAACGGAAACGAUCGGAUUCUCUCCACUGUUUCCCGCCAGUGAGCAUCGCGAGUUUUGUUGCGGUGAAGAAACCCGGCGUGGCGGGGGAGAACAACGAGGUGGCCAAGCUGGUGAACACCCUGAACACCGUCCCUUCGCUUGCUCAGGGCUCGGGGGCCCUCAUGGUGCCCAACAACAGCCAGGCCCAUGGCUCCCAGAGGACGGGCCUCUCGGAGUCCUCCUCGCAGAAAGUCAGCUCCUCGCCGAUCCCCGCCUUUGACUUGCAAGACAGCGGGCGGAAAUCCUGCCCUCGCUGCAACGCCCAGUUCAGAGUCACGGAAGCUUUAAGAGGCCACAUGUGUUACUGCUGCCCCGAAAUGGUGGAAUUCCUGAAGAAAGGGAAACCCCUGGAGUCGGAACCGAGCCUCCAAGCCCCCAAGCCCCCUUCCCCGGAUAAGACCGCCGCCGUGGCUUCUCCCCCGUCCUCCACCCCCAUCCCUGCCCUGUCCCCGGCGGCCAAGCUCUCCGAGCCGAGCGACGGCGCCAGCGAGGGGGUGCAGAGCAAGCUGAUCAUGUUGGUCGAUGACUUCUACUACGGCAGGGACGGGGGCAAAGUCAGCCAGCUGCUCAACUUCCCCAAGGUGCCAACCUCCUUCCGAUGCCCGCACUGCACAAAGAGGCUCAAGAAUAACAUACGGUUCAUGAACCACAUGAAGCACCACGUCGAGCUGGACCAGCAGAACGGAGAGGUGGACAUCCACACCAUCUGCCAGCACUGCUACCGGCAGUUCACCACGCCCUUCCAGCUCCAGUGCCACUUGGAGAACGUCCACAGUCCGUACGAAUCCACCACCAAGUGCAAGAUCUGCGAAUGGGCUUUUGAGAGCGAGCCCAUGUUCCUGCAGCACAUGAAGGACACCCACAAGCCUGGGGAGAUGCCCUACGUCUGCCAGGUUUGCCAGUAUCGUUCGUCGCUCUACUCCGAAGUGGACGCCCAUUUCCGGAUGGUGCAUGAGGACACGCGCCACCUGCUCUGCCCGUAUUGCCUCAAGGUCUUCAAAAACGGCACGGCGUUCCAGCAGCAUUUCAUGAGGCACCAGAAGAAAAGCGUCUACCACUGCAACAAGUGCCGCCUGCAGUUCCUCUUUGCCAAGGACAAGAUCGAGCACAAGCUGCAGCACCACAAAACCUUCCGCAAACCCAAACAGCUGGAAGGGCUGAAGCCGGGCACCAAGGUGACCAUCAGGGCCUCCCGGGGUCAGCCGCGGACGUUGCCCCUCUGCGCGAACGACAUGCCCCCCGGCCUCCUCCAAGACGCGGCUUUGCUCUCGGCGUCCUCGGAUCCCCAGCCGAACUUCCCGUACCCGCCGUUCCAGAGGAGCGUCCAGAAGAAGGCGGUCCGGAAAAUGAGCGUCCUGGGCCGGCAGACCUGCCUGGAGUGCAGCUUCGAAAUCCCGGACUUCCCCAACCACUUCCCCACCUACGUCCACUGCUCGCUCUGCCGUUACAGCACCUGCUGCUCCCGCGCGUACGCCAACCACAUGAUCAACAACCACGUUCCUCGCAAAAGUCCCAAAUACUUGGCUUUGUUCAAAAACUACACGGCUUGUGGGGUUCGGCUGGCCUGCUCGGCCUGCCUCUUUGCCACGUCGGAGGGCGACGCCAUGGCCAAACACCUGGUCUUCAACCCCUCUCACGAAUUCAGCAACGUCAUCCUACGAGGUCCCGCUUGGAGUUCCCAUACAAGGCCUGGCCAGCCCUUCGAAGGAGGCACAAUCCCCUCCGUCUCCACCGCCUCGCCCAGCAAAGCUGCCACUGUGAACACACCUCCGCCUCUGCCCGAGGAGGAGGAGGAGGAGGAAGAGGAGGUAAAGGCCCAGGAGGAGGCGCCGCCGGUGAUGCCCGAGCCGAUGCCCGAGGCCAGCCGCUCUCCCGCCGCGGUCCAGGAGAACGAGGGCUCCAACGCCUCUAACGCCGACAGCCGCGAUGAGGAGCCCGAGCCCAAGGAGGCGCCCGAGCCCGUCAGCAGGAAGGAGCAGCUCUCCGUGAAGAAGCUCCGAGUUGUCCUCUUCGCCUUGUGCUGCAACACCGAGCAGGCGGCGGAACACUUUAAGAACCCACCCCGGCGGAUCCGCCGCUGGCUGAGGCGCUUCCAGGCUUUCCAGGAGGAGAACGUGGCUUCUCUGUCGGAGGGCAAGUACCUGAGCCUGGAAGCGGAGGAGAAGCUGGCCGAGUGGGUCCUGACGCAGCGCGAGCAGCAGCUGCCGGUCAACGAGGAGACCCUCUUCCAGAAGGCCACCAAGAUCGGCCGGUCUCUGGAGGGGGGGUUCAAGAUCUCCUACGAGUGGGCCGUCCGGUUCAUGCUGCGCCACCACCUCAGCACGCACAGCCGCCGGGCGGUGGCUCACCCGCUCCCCAAGGAGGUGGCGGAGAACGCCGGCUGCUUCAUCGAGUUCGUGCAGGGCCAGAUCCACACCCAGGACCUGCCCCUCUCCAUGAUCGCCGCCAUCGACGAGAUCUCCCUCUUCCUGGACGCCGAGGUCCUCUGCAGCGACGACCGGAAGGAGAACGCCUUGCAGACCGUGGGCACCGGGGAGCCCUGGUGCGACGUGGUCUUGGCCAUCCUGGCCGACGGGAGCGUCCUGCCCACCAUGGUCUUCUACCGAGGCCGCCUGGAGCAGCCGGCCAACGUGCCGGAGACGAUCCUGCUGGAGGCGAAGGAGAACGGCUUCAGCGACGACGAGGUCCUGGAGCUCUGGUCGUCCAAGGUCUGGCAGAAGCACCUCGAGCCCCACAGCAGCAAAAGCAUGCUGGUCCUGGACUGCCAUCGGACACACCUUUCCGAAAAGGUCCUCUCCCUGCUGAGCUCGUCCAGCACCUUGCCGGCGGUGGUGCCGUCCGGCUGCAGCUCCAAGAUCCAACCCUUGGACGUUUGCAUCAAAAGAACGGUGAAAAACUUUGUGCACAAAAAGUGGAAAGAGCAAGCCAAGGAGAUGGCGGACUCCUCCUGCGACGCGGACAUCCUCCUGCAGCUCGUCCUGUGUUGGCUGGCCGAAGCCCUGGAGGUCAUCCGCGACUGCCCCGAACUGGUGCAGCAGUCGUUCCUGGUAGGCAGCGUCCUGCCCGGCCCGGACGGCACGGCCAACACGCCCAGCCGCAACGCGGACAUGCAGGAAGAGCUGAUCGCUUCGCUGGAGGAGCAGCUGAAACUCCGCAACGAACUGCAGGACGAGGAGGGAGACCUCAACCACGAGGGGGGGAAUCCGUCGGAGGAAUCCGCCAACCCCGAGAUCCUGCACCAGCUCUUCGAGGGGGAGAGCGAGACCGAGUCCUUCUACGGCUUCGAGGACGCAGACCUGGAGCUGAUGGAGCUGUGAGAAGGAGUGAGAUCGAUUCCUUCUCUCUCUCUCUCUCUCUCUCUCUCUUUCAAAAAGAUGCAUUGUUGGAAGAAAUCCUUUUCCUCUUCUGCUUCCCUGUGGAUCUCUGUCCGCCGGAGACACAAAAUACACACAAAACUCAGCCGUGGAGCCGUGGAUGCCGUUCGGUUCCUUCAAAAAGGAGGAGGAAAAUAAAACAAACCACGUUUUCCCCUCCCCCUUAAAUCACUGUUGUGGCAUUUCCCGAAGAUAUAUAUAUAUUGUGGGUGGAUUUAUUAUUAUUUGGUUUUCGUUUUGCAUUUCCUUUACCUCACUUGUAUUAUAAGAGUUUCUGGGUUUUUAUUUUCGUUUUAUACUGUGCAAAACAAGUUUUUAAUUAUGCCACGUUAUCAACGUGAGUUUUUUUUUUUUUGGGAAGGCAAGGAAAAGAGAUUUGUAGCCGAUGGAAGAUUUCUUCAGUUUUGCUCUUUCUGUUGGCCGCAGCCACUUAAUGUUCAUUUUUUUUUUUUUCCUAUAACACUCGGACCCAGAAACGUAGAAAUUUACUUUGAACGUUGAAUAAACGUGCCCACAAAGAAUAAUUGGAAGGUUGCUUUAUGGGGAAGGAGGCGAGAACAGCGAUUUAAGUGCAGGCAUUCUUGUUUAGGGGAGGGAGAAGCUCCCUGAAUGUCUUUUUUGUACGAAACUUGGGACGUGCGUGGUGAAAGCAAAGCAAAAAUUCACUGGUGCAGAUUUCAUAGCCGUGGAAGCAAAACCUUCUCAAAGUUCCCGGUGGCGAAACGGUGAUCUGAGUUGGUACGGAGAGAGCAAGUGGGGGGGACACUUCGCGCCCCACUGCGACCCUCUUUGGCGGGUGGCCGAUCGCAAACGGAUCCACCCCCCCCCGUCGUCGCCUUUUAAAAACUCUGCGAGCUCCUGACGCCUUUCGAACGAGACACGACGACGUCCCCUGACCCAAGUGCUGCAACUCAACUCCCGACGUGCACAAAAACGAGGGAAACGCCCCGUUUUAUUUUACACUGCCAGCAUAAAAAGACGAGAGACCUUAAAAAAGAGAGAGGUGUUUUUUCUACUGUUUGCAUGUUUGAGAGUUUUUUUUAAAAUUGUCACGUAUUAUUGGUCUAAAAUGACGAGAAAACCUUUUGACACAUAGAA